ACUCUUCGUCCCGAUGGGCUUGUGCUGGGGAGACUCCACAACAGCAAUCCCGCACACGCCCAUCGGGACGGAGAGUGUGUGAGUUUCUCAUUAAUCAGCGUGAUGAGUCCGUUUAUCAGUCAGUCACCAUGAGCCGAGCCGCACUGCACAUCAUCGCCGCUUUAAUCCUCAUUCUCUCCCGAUCCUGCGACGCAAACCGCAAACUCCUGCUCUUUCUGAUCGAUGGAUUCCGUUACGAUUAUAUGGACGAUUUACAAAACUUGGCCGGAUUUAGAGAGAUCGUGGAAAACGGUGUGAAAGUGGAUUACAUGACUCCAGAUUUCCCCAGCCUGUCCUAUCCAAACUAUUACUCUCUCAUGACAGGACGCUAUUGUGAGGUGCACCAGAUGACUGGGAAUUACAUGUGGGAAAAGGACUCCAUGAAGGAAUUCCUGAUCGGAACGAACCCGGACAGCCGUCUGCCUAUGUGGUGGGAUGGCUCAGAGCCACUGUGGGUGACCAUGCAGAAAUUAGGAAAAAGAGUCUACAUGUACUUCUGGCCUGGUUGUGAAGUGUCAAUUCUUGGGGUGAGACCUACAUUCUGUGAGGAAUAUGUCUACAAUCCUUCAGAGAAGAACCUGACUGACUCCAUGGAGAGUGCUCUCAAUAUGUUAAAGAGCAAUAAAGCAGACAUGGCUGCAAUUUAUUAUGAGAAGAUAGACGUGGAAGGACAUCAUUAUGGGCCUCAAUCUAUACAAAUACAGCAUGCCGUACGCAAACUGGACGAGGCUUUCCAAACCCUCAACCGCAAAAUCAAGGAGAAGAAUAUGAGAAAUGAGAUAAAUGUAAUCGUGUUCUCUGAUCACGGUAUGACCGAGCUCAAGUGGCUGGAGAAAGUCAUUGAACUUGACAAAUACAUUGACAUGUCCAACAUCAUCAAGAUGAUGGACAGAGGACCAGUGGUCAGUCUGUGGCCCAAACUGGACAAGUUUGAGGAGAUCUAUCAAAACCUGAGCACAGCGGACAACAUGAAUAUUUACAAGAGGCAAGAGAUCCCAGAUCACUACCACUAUAAGAACGGGAGGUUUGUCUCAACACUAACACUUGUCGCAGAGCCUGGAUGGUUUAUCACUGAGAAUAAAGCCAAACUACCCUUUUGGAAAAAUGGCACAGAAGAGGCAGAGGGCUGGCAGCAUGGUUGGCAUGGUUAUGAUAAUGAGUUUAUGGACAUGAGGGGAUUUUUUCUGGCACAAGGACCAGACUUCAAGAUGAACUAUCGCGCUGGUCCCAUUCGAGCAGUGGAUGUUUAUAAUGUUUUGUGCAGGACGCUGGGGAUUAAACCUUUGCCCAACAAUGGCUCGUGGCCUCGAGUGGAGUGUAUGCUGAAGAGCUCGGUGGCUGCUCUGAUCUACAGCUGGAUGCUGACGCUAAUGCUGCUGACACUGUCUGUACUGCUCUAGAACUUUCCAUGACUGUAUUUUCACAUUGAAGCACUGACCAUAUCAGACUGAAGAGAAGAUUACAAAAGAGAAUAAAUGAAACACGUUAUAUAGAGUGUUAGAGUGCGUGUCAUGGUAUCAGAUACAUGGAAAACUUUCUUUAAAUCUGCUUUUUGCUGCACUGCCUCCAUUUUCAAAUGAUAAAUGUCUCUUAAUGCUGAUGCAAUAGAAGAAAUGAUUUUGUUGGGAUUGAAUGAACCAACUCGCACAUAUACUGAGAUAUACACCGAUCAGCCACAACAUUAAAACCAACCAAUUGUGCUGCAAAAACAGCACCAACCCACAUCUCAGAAUAUCAUUCUGAGAUGAUAUUCUUUUUACCACAAUUGUACAGUGUGGUUAUCUGACUUAUUGUAGACUUUGUCAGUUCAAACCAGUCUGGCCACUCUCUGUUGACCUCUCUCAUCAACAAGACGAAGAAUAGCAUCUAUGUACAAGCAGUUAAUAUGUAUGUGUUGGUUUUAGUAACAGAGAAAACAUAUAAUUUUCUGAUACUGUAAAAUGAAAUAGUUCACUAGUAGCCAAUUGCCUCUUUGCCAAGGUCUCUACGGUUUUGAAUGUAUGGCAUUACAUGUGUUAUUUUCUUAUUGUUAUCAUUUCUAUAACCAUAGUAGCCUACCUUUCUUUAGAACAGGGCUUGUACAAUUUUUUUCCCCUCUCAAUAAAAUAAACUUUUC